CAAUUAUGGAGAAAGCUUUCACCUCUUUUCUCUCCUUGCUUCAGUACUAUGUCAUAAGUAGUUCAGACAUGAACCAAUUUAAUAUCUCCACUGAUAAAUUAGCUCUCCUUUCCCUGAAAUCUCAAAUCAUUUCGGACCCCUUUCACUACUUGGAUGAAAGUUGGUCUCCAGUUAUGUCUAUUUGUCAUUGGGUUGGAGUGACUUGUGGCUCCCGCCACCAGCUAGUAAAGUACUUGAAUCUUUCCAACAUGGCUCUUACGGCCUUAAUACCCAGUGAACUUGGGAACCUCACAUUUCUUGUUUCUCUUGACUUGGGAAGCAACAAUUUCCAUGGAAAUUUGCCCCAAGAAAUGACACAAUUGCAUCGUCUUAAGUUUCUUGACUUAAGUUUCAACAGCUUCAGCGGGGAGGUUCCCUCUUGGUUUGGGUUUUUACACCAACUUCAACUUAUAAACCUUGGAAAUAAUAUUUUCCUGGUUCCAUCCCUUCUUUUUCUAAUAUUUCCAAACUUGAGACUUUGAAUUUGAAAUUCAAUUCCAUAGAGGGUCAAAUUCCAAAAGUCAUUGGGAGUCUUGUAAACCUUAGUGUAUUAAACUUGGGAGGUAACAAGCUUAUAGGCUUUAUUCCAACGUCACUCUCGAAUGCCUCAAGGUUGGAGACUUUGGAGAGAUCUUUUAAUUCACUUCAAGGAAACAUUCCAGAAGGGAUCAUCAAUCUUCACAACAUGAAAGUGCUAUCCAUACAAGCUAAUCAACUUACGGGUUCUAUACCUUUCACAAUUCUCAAUAUUUCAAGAAUCGAAGUCAUUGCACUUGCAAGCAAUAGCUUAUCAAGACAUCUUCCCAAUGGUUUAUGCAAUGGUAUCCCAAUAAUCAAAGGGCUUUAUUUAUCCACAAACAAGCUUCGAGGUCAUAUGCCUACAAGUUUAUCAAGUUGUUCUCAACUUCAAAUUUCGUAUUUAUCGGAAAAUGAGUUUGAUGGAGCAAUACAUAGUGAAAUUGGAAGAUUGAGUAACUUGUAGAUAUUAGAACUCGGAACCAACCAUUUCUAUGGUGAAAUACCCAAAGAGAUAAGCAAUCUCAUUGAGUUGGAUGAACUUGUUCUUUCGACUAAUAGUUUUAGUGGUUCACUUCAUAUGGAGAUCUUCAACAUAUCAGGGCCGAGAAUAACUGAUCUUUCAUUAAACAAUCUAUCAGGAAACCUCCCACCAAAUAUUGAUUCUAUCUUACCCAACAUUGAAAGACUUUUUCUGUAUGGCUUAACCAAUCAUGUUGGGACUAUUCCUCAUUCAACCUCCAAUUGUUCAAAACUUACUCAUCUAGAUCUUUCAGUCAAGAAACUCAGUGGCUUGAUUCCCAACUCACUUGGAUAUUUGACUCAUCUACAGUAUCUAAAUUUACGGAGAAACAAUUUAACCAGCGACUCAUCAUUAAGCAUCCUGACUUCCUUAACCAAUAGCAGAAAUUUAACAUAUCUUUCUCUAUAUUUGAACCCACUAAAUGGCAUGCUUCCAGCCUCCACGGAGAACAUUUCCACCUCUCUUAGAAGAUUUGACACUGAAAGUUGUAAAAUCCAAGGGAGAAUUCUUAAUGAGGUUGGGAACUUGUGCAGCUUAUUAUUCCUUUAUCUUUCUGGAAACAACUUGGUUGGAUCGAUUCCCACAUCAAUUGGGAACUUGAGAAACCUUCAGCGGUUCAACUUGACUAGCAACAAAUUUACAGGAUUUAUUGGAGAUCAUAUAUGCAAAUUCCAGCAUUUGGGUGAUAUUUACUUGGGUCAAAAUCAAUUUUCAGGAUCUCUUCCUUAUUGUUUAGGGAAUAUUACACCCCUUCGGGAGAUACAUCUGGGUUCCAACAAAUUGAGUUCUAAUAUACCACCAAGCUUAGGGAACCUUCACGAUCUAGUGGUUCUUGACUUAUCGUCAAACAACAUGGUAGGUUCUUUACCUCCAGAAAUUGAAAAUCUAAAGGAGGUAACCAAGAUGGAUCUAUCGAUGAAUCAAUUCUCAAAUAAAAUUCCUAGAGAAAUUGGAGGCUUGCAAAAUCUGGUGCACCUUUCUUUGAGACACAAUAAGUUGCAAGGAUCUAUACCUGACUCAAUGAGCAACAUGGUAGGUUUGGAAUUCCUAGACCUUUCUUAUAAUAAUAUAUCUGGAAACAUUCCUAAGUCUUUGGAGAAGCUUCAAAACUUGAAGUAUUUCAAUAUUUCUGUCAACAAAUUGUAUGGUGAAAUACCCUCGGGAGGUCCUUUCAAGAACCUCUCCAGUCAGAUUUUCAUCUACAAUGAAGCAUUGUGUGGAUCUUCAAGAUUUAGUGUCCCGCCAUGCCCCACUUCAUCAAAGCACAAAUCAAAUAGGAAAAAAAUGCUAGUUCUUUUUCUUUUGCUGGGAAUUGCACUAGUAGUUGUUCCUAGCACCUUUAUUCUUUUAUGGGUAAGGUAUAGAAAAGGUAAAAGAGCUUCUCAACAAGCUGAUUCAUUGUCGGCCAUAACAAGAGAAAGAAUUUCAUACUAUGAAUUGAUACAAGCAACAGAUACGCUUAGCGAGAGUAAUCUAAUUGGUUCUGGAAGUUUUGGCUCUGUUUACAAAGGUAUUCUCAGAAGUGGAACUGUCAUUGCCGUUAAAGUGUUCAACCUGAAACUGGAUGCGGAAUUCAAGAGUUUUGAUAUGGAAUGUGAAUUUUUGUGCAGCCUUCGCCAUAGGAAUCUCAUUAAAGUCAUUAAUAGUUGUUCCAACUUUGAUAUAAAAGCUUUAGUUCUCGAGUAUAUGCCUAAUGGGAGUCUUGAGAAAUAUUUGUAUUCACACAACUACUUCCUCGAUACCAGGCAGAGACUAAGCAUAAUGAUAGAUGUGGCAUGUGCUUUGGAUUAUCUUCACCAUGGGUGCUUGUCAUCGGUAAUACACUGUGAUCUGAAGCCUAGUAACGUCUUGUUGGAUGAGGAUAUGGUUGCCCACCUUAGCGACUUUGGCAUUUCAAAACUGCUUGGUGAAGAUCAGGGUAAUUUGUACACUAAAACCUUAGCAACAUUUGGGUAUAUUGCGCCAGAGUAUGGACUGGAAGGACUAGUGUCAACAAAGUGUGAUGUCUAUAGUUAUGGGGUCAUGUUUCUGGAAACAUUUACUAGGAGAAAGCCUAAUGAGUUUGAGGGUGACCUUAGCUUGAUGCAAUGGGUGAGUUAUUCACUCCCACAGGCAAUAAUGGACGUCGUAGAUUCCAACUUGGUAACAUCAACUGGUAAUCGCUUACAGAAGGAGUUGGAUGUUGUGGCAUCAAUCAUGAAAGUUGCAUUAGAUUGUUGUGCUGAAUCUCCAGCAAGAAGGACUAACAUGAAAGAUGUUGUAGGGAUGCUGCAGAAGAUCAAGAUUCAACUUCUUGCAUGUUAAACAUGUUUUUGGAAUCUUUUGUUCCAAAUCAGUAUUAAAAAAAUUGAAUAUUAUGUAUAAAAAAAUAUUUUUUUAUAUUAAAAAAAGAAUUAUUAGAAGAAGUUCAUA